GAAAAAGUUUAUAUAUGAUAUUUUAAGCACCGAACAUAUAAAUAUAUAUAUAAUGAAUAUAAUGUACGUAAUUAAGAUCUUAUUCCCGAGUUGUAAAUGACCCGAUGUUUUAUAUUCGCACGACGUCGACUUCACCAGGUUCUGUACAUAAACGAGAGAUUGCCAUCUAAUACCUGUAAAUGAUGUAUUAUUUCUGAUAAUAAAUGUUUUACGGUUCGACCGCUCGCCCCUUUUCCUUCUCCAAACUUUGCCGGAACCAGCGUCGGUAAAUGACGUAAUUCAUCGUCCGAAGAUAACCACGCGCGUGCCGGAUGGCUCGGCCUGACGUCUAAUUCGGGUUUCGGUUUCCACGGGUGGCUUUUCGAUUUAAUACGCGCCUAAAUCCGAGUUACGUCGAUGGCCACCUAUCGUCUGAAAUAAUGCAGCCGGUUGUAAAAAUCGAUGGUCCUAGGGACUGGCAUCCCUAACCCCACCGAACUAAAAGCCGCCGUUAAAAUAAAGGUUUUCCGGAUUUGCUGGCGAUUUAACGCGCGGGACGGAGGCGGGUGGAUCGUCUUCCGCGGAUUUAGGAAGCGAAACGCGCGUGCCUCCGUCCCGUCGAGCGGAAGGCCGGCGGCCGAAACCGGAAGAAGAAAAAAAACGAGUCCGGGUUCGGCCGCCAGAGGGCCGGAGGUUUAAGAAGAGAAAGCGACGGGACGACUUCAGAAUGUCGAUCGACGGUCGACGAAGGACUUCUUUUCGCAUGGACCGGACGACGGCCACGCUGUUGCUCGCCGCCUGCCUCUGCGCCGCCGUCCGCGGACACCGGACGCCUCCCGGAACUUCCGAUCGACCGGAAGUGGUGGUUCCCGAAAGGAUCGACGGAGCCGGGCGAUUUGUGGGUCACGGCCUGGCCCGGCACUUCGGACGCGGAAAGAGAUCGGCCGAAGAAGCCGUCCACUAUCGUCUGCCCGCCGGCGGAAGGGACCUGCUGCUGACUCUGAGGCCCAACCGGGGCCUGCUGGCCCCCGCCUUCGUGGUAGAGAGGCGUCGGGGUUCCAAUUCCACUUUCCACCGGAGCCGGAAACCCUCGGAGGACGGACUUUGCUACUAUCGAGGGAACGUCCGCAACGACACUGGCUCUAGCGUGGCGCUGUCCACCUGCGACGGUCUGAUGGGGGUCAUUAGGACGGAAGGAGAAGAGUUGUUGAUCCAACCCAUGCCGGGAGGGAGCGAGAAGAGCGGGCGACGUCCUCAUCUCUUGUACAAGAGGUCGACGACGGAAGUGCACGGAAGGGAAGCCAAAUGCGGAAACAGAGACGACGUGGCCAGAGCCCUGAAGUAUCGAGCCGAAUGGGAGAAGAAGAAGAAGAGGAAGAAAAAAGGAAGAUCGAGAAGCAAGCGAUCGGUGAGCGUGGAGAGGAACGUGGAGACGUUGGUGGUGGCCGAUAAGGCCAUGGUCGACUAUUACUCCGACGAGGACAUCGAGACCUACAUCCUGACCGUCAUGAACGUGGUGUCUUCUCUGUAUCACGACGCUAGUAUCGGGAAUGCCAUCAACGUCAUCCUGGUCCGUCUUAUCCUGCUGGAGAGCGAAGAACAGGAGAAGGAAGAUCUGUACAUCAGCCAUCACGCCGACGACACGCUGAAGAGUUUCUGCAAGUGGCAGAAGUAUGUCAACCCCCGAGACGAAAACCACCCUCAUCACCACGACGUGGCCGUAUUACUCACGAGAUAUAACAUUUGUACCAGAGUGAACGAACCUUGCAGCACCCUAGGACUGGCCGAGGUAGCGGGAAUGUGUCAACCUCACCGAAGUUGCAACGUGAACGAAGACACGGGUCUGGCUUUGGCUUAUACGAUAGCCCACGAAUUGGGACACAAUUUCGGAAUGAGCCACGACGGACCUCACAACGGGUGCCAGGCGCCUUUGGGAGAACGUCAACACGUCAUGUCGCCUCAUCUCAAUUCUGACGCCAGUCCGUUUGUCUGGUCGAACUGCAGUCGAAGCGAGAUCACCAAAUUCCUAGACCGCGACUGGGGCAGCUGCCUGGACGACGAACCGUCCGAUCACGAGUUCACCUUUCCCGAAUUACCCCCGGGUGCCAUGUACAACAGCGACCAUCAGUGCCGAUUGCAGUACGGUCCGGAAGCCGAAUACUGCGAAGGCAUCGAGGACGUCUGUCAGACCCUGUGGUGUCGUCAGGAUAACAAGUGCGUCACUCGACUGGAACCGGCGGCCGAAGGCACCCUCUGCGACAAAAAUAAGUGGUGUUACAUGGGAAAAUGCACCGUAAUAGGAGAAAGAUUGGAAACUAUCAACGGAGAAUGGGGAUCUUGGAGUCCGUGGUCCGAAUGUUCUCGAUCGUGUGGUGCGGGCGUCAUGCAUUCCGAAAGACACUGCGACAAUCCUAUGCCCGGAAAUGGCGGACAGUAUUGUAUCGGAGAAAGGAAAAGAUAUAGAAUAUGUCAAACGGAGCCUUGCCCGGAAAAUUCGCCGAGUUUUCGUUCGGUGCAGUGCAGUGAAUUCGAUAACAUACCUUACAAGGAGCAGCUGUACACCUGGCUCCCAGUUUCUACGCCUUUAACGCCUUGUCAGCUGCAUUGCAAGCCGAAAGGAAAGUUUUUCUCUGUUAUGCUAUCGGAUACUGCGAAGGAUGGUACACCCUGCAAUCCCGGUACAAAUGACAUGUGCAUUAAUGGAAAAUGUAGGAACGUCGCUUGCGAUUGGGGGAUCGAUUCGAACGCUCAAGAGGAUCGUUGCGGGAUUUGCCACGGAGACGGAACCCAAUGUCAAACCAUACACGGAAAUUUUCUACAAAAGAAAGGUUUAGGUUACGUCGAAGUAUUAAAAAUACCAACGGGAGCCAGAAACUUCCGUAUCGAAGAAUUGGGGGAUGCAAAUAAUUACAUAGCCAUUCAAGACAGUAGCCGGGAGUUCCAGUUAAACGGUCAAUGGUUUAUACAGUGGAGCGGCGAAUAUCCCGUGGCCGGUACCAUAUUUUAUUACAGUCGAGAGGGAGAGAAAGAAUCGUUGCACGCUCCCGGACCCACCAAGGAACCCGUAUAUAUCCUGCUUCUCUUCCAGACUGAAAAUCCCGGUUUGUCCUACGAAUACACAAUUCCAAAUAAAAAUAUCACCAGAAAACCAGAAUUUCAUUGGCAGUAUACUGACUGGUCUGUCUGUUCGGCUACUUGUAAUGGAGGUAUACAGAUAUCACGCGCGAGAUGUUUGGAAAAAGAAGCCGGUUUAGUGGAAGAUAUAUACUGCAGCGAUCUGGAAAAACCCGUCGAUAUCAGCAGGAUAUGCAACAGGCACCAAUGCCCCGCCAGAUGGUGGGCGGGACCGUGGCAGCAUUGUUCCGUCAGUUGCGGAAGUAACGGAAUUCGCAAAAGAACGGUCAUAUGCGUUCGUUCUCUAGGACCCGACGAGCAAAUCGCUCUUCUGGACGAAGACUGCGAUGCCGAAGAUCGCCCUUCCGAUUCCGAACCCUGUCGUCACAAGCAUCCCUGUCUCAUGCACGCUCACUGGGAAACCGGCCAAUGGACCGACGUUUGCGACGGGGAUCCUUGUAAUUACCAAAGCAGACACGUCUAUUGUAACAUCCCCAAUGGUUUCUGUAACGAAAAGGAGAAGCCGAUUUCCAGAAGGAAAUGUGGAAAUAUUACUUGCGGUGUAUGGGUCAUUGGGAAUUGGUCCGAGUGUUCCAAGACCUGCGGAACCGGUUACAGAAGGCGAAACAUCACGUGUCAAGGAGGAGAAGCCUGUCAACAGGCGAUUAAGCCCGUUAAGGAGACGACGUGCAACGAGCAGCCCUGUUUGCCCUUCGACGAUAUUCAGAUUUUCGGAGUGGUACACAAAUCGAACGAUCAUAAAAAUAAUAAAGGUGGGUCCGACCACAAGCAUCGACAUCAUCACGGGGAGGACAAACACGAAGAGAACGAAAACGAAGAGCGGAGGUCGGACAAGGUGGCCAAAGACGUCAUCGUCGUCCCUCUCUACGAAGUACCGGAUAAUCGAGUGGAAGACGUCAAAGUGGACAACGAAAUCGACGAAGGUAUUCAUCAGAUUAGAAGAGAACCCCCGACCGUACCCGAAGGAGGUCGUUCAAAUCCUAAACAGGACAGCCAAAAAUACGAGUGGCAAGUGACCAUGUGGGAAAAGUGUAGUAAACCGUGUGACGGAGGAGUUCGAAACAGAAGAGCUCUGUGUUUCGACGCCGUGACCAAACACAUGGUGGUGUCGGAAUUAUGCGAUCCUUUCGAAAUGCCUUCCACCGAAGAAUCUUGUAACUUGGAACCCUGUCUGGACUGGAUUCUCACAGAGUGGAGCGAGUGUUCGUCGUCCUGCGAUCGUGGGUUACAGUACAGAAAAGUCUACUGCCCCGAAGAAGACAAAUGCGAUCCGGAAGCCAAGCCAUCGGAGACUAGGGUGUGCUUAAUAAAAUCCUGUCUGCAAUGGAUAGCCGGACCCUGGAGUCAGUGUUCCGCCUCUUGCGGAGAAGGUUUCAGGAGACGUCACGUGAAAUGCGUGGAUCUGAGCACGCAGGCUUCGUCGUCGAGAUGUUCGGCGGACGACAAACCCUCUCACCUGCAACAGUGCGUCAACCAGGAAUGCGCCGAACACAAUUCAGCUUUCAGUCAGUGCCGAGACAAGUUGGAAGUGGCUCUGUGCCAGUCCCUGCGUCACAUGUGCGACACGUGGUACUUCAAAGCGAAAUGUUGCCACACCUGCAACAAACGGAUCAACUCCAGGAGGAGGACAUACGGGAGCAGAAAAGUUGGAAGUUCGUGAACUCCGUCGUCUGUGAUUUUAUUUUUAUUUGCACUUUUUUGUAAUAUUAAAGAGUCGUCUUUUAAAAAUUAACGCCCAGUCUCGCGUC